CACCUUUACCCGUUAUCUUCUUCUUCCUUUUGCCUCUCUGUUCGACGAAAUUCGUGAACUCAGCUUCACUUUUCUCGACGUUAUCUUCUUCAUUCAGCGACAAUGGCGUCGAUUUCGACCCUCGCUUCUUCUCUCUCUUCACUCUCCUUCUCUUCCCAGGUUUCUCAGAGACCUAACACCAUUUCCUUCCCCCGCGCGAAUUCGGUUUUCGCAUUGCCGGCGAAAUCCGCUCGCCGCGCUUCUCUCUCUAUCACCGCCACGGUAGCUGCUUCACCGGAGGAGGAGGAGAUAGUUGAGCUGAAGAAGUAUGUAAAGUCGAGGCUCCCUGGAGGAUUUGCUGCUCAGAAGAUUAUUGGCACUGGACGGCGUAAGUGCGCAAUCGCUCGAGUUGUGCUUCAGGAAGGCACCGGGAAGGUUAUCAUCAACUAUCGUGAUGCCAAGGAGUACCUUCAGGGAAAUCCACUAUGGCUUCAGUAUGUUAAAGUCCCACUAGUGACUUUAGGGUAUGAGAACAGCUACGACAUAUUUGUGAAAGCCCAUGGAGGCGGUCUCUCUGGUCAAGCACAAGCUAUCACCCUGGGAGUCGCACGUGCACUCCUUAAGGUAAGUGCAGACCACAGAUCGCCUUUGAAGAAGGAAGGUUUGCUCACUAGAGAUGCGAGAGUGGUUGAAAGAAAGAAGGCUGGGCUCAAGAAGGCGCGUAAAGCACCACAAUUCUCCAAGCGUUAAAGAGUUUUUAUAUCACUGGAUCAAACUCUUCGGGAACUCUCCUUUGCCUCCAUUCUUUUUUUUUAUUUUAUAACUCUUGUUGUCAAUGAUGUGUGUUUUUGUUUCAUGUUCAUGUUUAUUAUGUGUAGACGAACCAAUACAAUGUUUGAGUAGAAAGGGAAGUUGGUAUGCUUUUGAAUUAAAAAGCACUUGUCAA